ACUAACUUUUCAUUUGAAACCUGCUCAAAUUCAAGUUCUUAAAUUUUGUUCAAAAUGUGUAAAUUGUUGACCACUGUUGCAUUGCUGUUUAGGUUCGUUGGUCUUGUUUUGGGCUUUGCAGCAUCGAAAUAGAUACAGUUAAUGCCACAAAAUGAUGUCUAAUGACGGUUUCGUCUUACAUGACGAGCACCGGCGGCUGCUGCGGCUAAGACUGCGGCUCAAGCCAGAGACAGAGGCCUUUGGGCUCGGUUAGUUUGUGUAUCUAUUAAGUGCUGGUAAUUUAUAAUAUGCCCCAAGUGGGGUCCCAAGCUAAAGUUCAAUGGUGGCAGCUCUGUCGGUCUCUCUUUCUCACUUCCUGUAUCCGUAUGCCGCUUGUUAUUAUUAAUAAGCCAAUGGAUUGCGUACUUACCUUCAACUUUAGCCAGUGCCAAAACGGAUAUCGUUUGGAGUGCGGGCACCGCCCAGGCAACCAAAUGGAAUAAAUGAGAUUUAUUUUCAAUUGCCUCGUGGCCCCAUUUGAGUCCAGCGGCCAGGAACCACGCAAAGGCCAAACACGACCACCACGCAAAGGCGGCCAUACAACAGAAAUACAAUGCCAUGAAUAAUACGGUGCAGGCGGUGGUCUGACGAUGACCCUGCGAGAGAAUAAGAGUGCCGAGAAGGAUGUUGGUAAAUAAAAAAUGGAAUUCGUUUCACCUGCUCCACCGCGGCUCGAACUUUGGCUUGACUUACCUGCGUUAUGGUGGACAUCAUCUGCAGGCGUCCCAGCUUCACUGGCGGCGGAAAUGGUUCACGGCACGACACCGAAUCGCCCGCACCAAGUCCGGCCACAUAGGCACAGCCGACGACCAGAUAGCAAACGGCCAGAAAGACAAUCGCACGCUCUGGAUAACGAAAACGCGACGAGUCUAUCAGGAAGAUGCCGCGUCGCCGUUUUUCAUUGCCGACUGGCUUAAAAAUGCAUUAGGCGGAGAGGAGGACAGCAGAAGCUGAGGAUUCCGAUACGGG